AACCUGCGAAUAGUCUGUCAUAAUUUUGAGGUUAAAAAGUCAUUUUUUUAAGAAAUAUUUUAGUUUUAUCUUUGGUUUAUAUUUGUUUAUUAUUGUUUGUUAUGGACAAAUCAACUCCAAAAAGAAAUGUUAAUAAGAAACGUCCAGAUUAUUUGGAAUGGACUGAAUAUUUUAUGGCAACUGCGUUUUUAGCCGCAAAACGAAGCAAAGAUCCCUGUUCCCAAGUUGGGGCUUGUAUAGUUAACGAGAAUAACAUUAUUGUGGGAAUUGGCUAUAAUGGGAUGCCCAAAGGAUGUCACGAUGAUGUAUUUCCAUGGAUGAAAGAGUCGGAAAAUAGCCUAGAAAAUAAAUACUUAUACGUGUGUCAUGCUGAAAUAAAUGCAAUUUUAAAUAAGAACUCAGUCGAUGUUAGGAAUUGUACGUUAUAUGUGGGACUAUUUCCAUGCAAUGAAUGUGCCAAAGUUAUUAUACAAUCGGGAGUCAAGGAAGUGAUCUAUAUGUCCGAUAAGCAUUCGUUUAAAGUUCAUACGAUUGCAUCGAAAAGAAUGUUUGAUGCUGCUGGUGUUAAAUACAGGCAAUUUAUACCAAAAAAUCGCCAAAUUCUGAUUGAUUUUGAUGAAAUCAACUGGAAUGAUCAAAGUCAACUGCCUGGUAGUCCAAAUUUAGGUGAUUCAAUAACAAAGAAAAUUAAAUCAAUGUCCAUAUUAUCUGAAGAGCAACAAGAUCUUAACUCUAGCUUUACCUGUGAUAAUGAAACUAGAUUAGAAUGUAAAGACAAAAAUUAAACGUAAUUUUAUUUUGCAACUUAGACUAAGAUAUAUUUUUUGUUAUUGUUUACCAUGUGUAUGUAGUAUAUUUCUUUGUAAUAGUGUGGUUUUUCUAUGAUCUGAAAAUCUAUAGAUACAGAGGUAACAAAAGACUAUGAUAUUUGUGUAGAUAAAAAAUAAAAUGUAACACAAUAAUUAAUGGAAUAUAUUUUUAUUAAAUAA